AUGUCGUUUAUUGAAGGCAUUGGUGAUGAUUUUCUGUAUGCUCUUGGUUUUUUUCUAUUUAUUGGUAUUGUUUCGCUUGCUUGGUUUUCAACUCAUGUUAAUUAUAUUCAUUUUCCUCCCACAUUAUUUAUUAUUGAACGACGAACACGUAGAAAUAACGAAGACGAAUCAGAAAGAACAAGUUCAGUUUCACCGUCAAGAUUAACUCCACCGACUGAACAAUUUCCAAUUCCAUCGUCUGAGAAUGAAACACAAGCAGAACAUGAUUCUGAUAAUGAAUCCAGUGAAAAUGAUGAAUUUAAUGCUGAACAAAUACCAUUGGUUCCAGAAUCCACUAGUAUUCAAACAGAACAAUCACAAUGUAUUCAACCAGAUUCUGUAGAAACAAUCAUCGAUGAAUCAACAGCGGUUGAGGAAAAUGAAAGCCCAUCGCUAAGAAUUAUUAUUAAAUUUCUUAAUGAUACCAAAAAAGAAAUAUUAGCGAAUCCAAAUGAUACGAUAUCAAAACUGAAACAAUUGCAUUUUGCUGGUGAAUUAGCAACAAAUAAAAUAAUUCGAUUUAUAUAUCAAGGUCGGGAAUUACAAGAUCGAGAGACUCUACAAAUCUGUAAUAUCCGUGAUCAAACAACAAUACAUUGCCAAAUCACUGCACGACGUCAUGAACCAACAAACCAAAGAAACGAUGAUAUGCCAUCAGGUACACAUAUGAAUCGUAAUGACUUUGAUACGUCAACAUUAAUUGAUUCGUCACCUGUUAAUGUUUCGUCACAUUUUCUACUCCUAUUAACAUUGAUGCUUGGAUUUGUAUGGUAUCUACGUAUUAAGUAUCGUGUGCUAUUUUCGCCCAUAUCAACAGUUGUGCUCGUAUUGAUAACGAUUAUAUUUUUAAUAUUCACCUGCGGUUCUUUCCUAGCAACACGUCGAACAUUAUUCCACAGGAGACAACCAGUCACAACAAUUGCCAUAACACCAAUACAACAUGUUCACCUCGAUUGA